AUGUCGACUGUACGGCGUCUACAAGCUCUCAAGAACACCCUUUCGCAUGGAGUUGGACAUGUACCUACUGUAGCUGUAGCUUCGGGAAUCAGAUCUCUUUCAACGUCAAGGUCGCCUCUUGACCUAGCCUAUGAGAAAGUCGAUCCUCCAGAGUCGAAAUCCACAUCCCCAUUGCUCAUCGUACACGGCCUUUAUGGAUCGAAGCAGAACUGGCGCAGUCUUUCCAAAGCGUUUGCGCGCAAAUUGGGUCGCCCGGUGUAUACCGUCGAUUUGAGAAAUCAUGGGGAGUCGCCUCACUCUGAAGUAAUGGACUACACUGCUAUGGCCAGCGACAUACUUCAAUUUUGUCAGUCGAGGUCUCUCUCUGAUAUUUCACUCGUCGGACACUCUCUAGGAGGCAAAGUAGUGAUGGCAUUUGCUCUGAACCCAGCAUUACCCCCAGAUAUGCUCUCCCGACUAGUUGUAGUGGACAUUUCCCCUGCCGUUGGCCCCAUCAGUCCCGAAUUUCGGCGAUACAUAGAUGCGAUGAAGGAAAUCGAUCAUGCCAACGUCAGAACAAAGAAGGAAGGUGAAGAAAUACUGAAGAAAUAUGAAUCGGAUGCUUCGACUAGAGCAUUUCUACUUCACAACCUCAUUGCGCCUGCCAAAGGCGAACCUUUAAAGUUCCGAAUUCCUCUUUCUGCCAUUGCCGAUGCGAUCGAUGGUAUAGGAGAGUUCCCAUAUACCCCCGGCAAAGAGACAUGGAAUGGCGCAACCUUGUUUGUCAAGGGCGCCAAGAGCAAACGUAACAUGGGGGUAAUGGAACAGUUCUUCCCGAAUAUGAAACUUGAAACCUUAGAUACUGGACACUGGGUUCUCAUCCUACAGUCCAUGCCGAGAAACCACAAGAGUUUGUAG